UUUUCUUGUUCAUUCCCAUAGCGACAUCGCUACCGCUGUCGAGUGCUGCGGCGGAAGGCGAUUGAAAUGUUAUGGUCGAAUAUGCGGAUUUUGUAUUCUGAUUGUGGAUUUAGUGGAAGAUAGUGCAACGAAGAUUAGACUCGAGGUGUCAAUUGCAACAUCGAAGUGGUGAAGCAAUUUCUAAAUAAACAGAUAUAACUUUCAUGAUUUAUUUUUUUGUGUUUUGUGUUUUGUUUUCUUUUGUUUUUGGAUGCGAGACUCUUAAGAAUAUUAACGACAGCAGAAUCCACGUAACCCUACGAGUCCAGGAUCACGACAUCAAUAAGGAGCCAACGAACACCGACGAGAAAUCCAGUGUCGGAUUCGGUCGUCAAUCGCGAAAACUGCAUUCAGGCAAGAGCCAUGAGCCUGGAACAGAUCGAUUUGUGCAUCAUUGGUGCAGUUGCUUGCUGCAUGUGGCCGUGAGAUCAAAGAGCGUGGGUGGAUCAAUUGCGAGUAGUGUGCCCUUGAUUCUGCGGACUUCUCUGUAGUCUUUCUAAACUCGAGGGUUGAAGAGAUCUGCUACAAAGUUGAAGCCAAGUGGAGUCCAAUUGAAGCAAAAUGUGUCACGGUUUGAUUGAAGAGCGGGCCAGGAUUUGUGUACCCGAUCUCUUGAGGGGAUUCUUAAACCAGGAUCAGCCCGAUUACGAAACACAUGUCGAUGACAGUACAAGCGUGUAUGGCAAUGGCAGCACCUCGACACUGCCAGAUUCGUCGGGUUUGUCGGAUAAUACGUUGGUCGAUAUGGUCAACGACUAUUCGACAGUUGUGAGGAAAUUGGACUCCGAGGAUGUCGACGACAUGGAGGCCGAUGCGAUUGCGUCAACUGGAUCCCUUUCGACAUGGUUUGAUUGCAUCAAGGAUGACUUUUGCACUGCACCGAAGGCGGUUCCCACUAAGUCUUCUCUCUUGGUUGUCAAGUUGUCGCAUCAGGAUGCUUCAGACCCAGUCGCGGCUGCACCAAAGAGCAGAAAAACUCGCAAGUCUGCUCUCACCGAAGGACGGAAUCAUGCUGUGCAUGAUUCCGAGAUGGAUGGUGUAGCUCCUUUGUUAGUCGACGAGAAAAGAAAGAGAAGGAUGUCAUCGAAUCGUGCGUCGGCGCAACGUUCGAGACAAAGGAAGCAGAAGCGUUUGGAUGAGCUCGAAAUUUUGGUGAUAGAACCCUGCGAAACCCAUCUAUUUCAUACUGCCCAAUUGCGUUUGGAGAACGCUACUUUAUCCCGCAGGUCAAAGAUAGCUGAGCAGCUCGCCAAAAACUUAAAGAAUGAAAAGAACGAGUUGGCCAUCAAAUUCGAGAAGUUGAAAAAAGAGCUGGAAGCUGCCCGACAGCCCUGUGCUCAGGGAUCACCAGAUUCUAGUAAUCCUAGUGGGAUCAAAAGCAUGAAUUCUAGUAUCUGCAAUAUGGAUGAGGGAGUGGCAGCUUCCUCAUGGACAUGUGUGGAGCAACCCAAGGACAACCCGCGGAGUGUUUUAAUGACCCUCGAUGAUAAGAAGCAAAACAUCUCCAGCACUGACGUGUCGCGUGGCACCUUCCAGGAGCUUUAUGACCCAAUUGACUUGAAUCAGUUCGACGGCGUUGGUGUUCCAGAUCUCCUUCAAGAGGGGUGGUAUGGGUCCUUUACUGAGUGUUUGAAUGCGUAAUCCUGUCUGAGACAGAAGCCCGAAGUUUGAAGGGUGAAGAUCGAAUACCAGCGAUGCUAUGGAACAUUACACAUCUGAAACAAUUUACCUGUUGGCUGUAAUUUCCGUUGUGUGUGUUAUGUAUCUAUCUUUGGGUGAGACUUCCAGAAAGCAUAUCCGGGGUCUCAAUAUUUUUUGAGGGAAUUUCAAAAUGUGAAAUGUUCUGAAAAUGGACAAUAUUAUGCACCGUUGGGAUAUAUCCUUGCAGCUGCUCUUAGUUUUUGACGCCGUUAAGCUAUUGUAGUUAAAGAGACUGAUGCAAACUUUCAUGUAUAAAAACGAAGUAUUGAUGAUGUAAACAUCGUGUAUGACUUGUGGUUUCGA